AUGGAAGAAGAAGCCUCAGCACCUGGCGCCGGCGACCAUCGCCCCGAGGGUGCCGCGUCCCCGAAAUCCGAGCACGAGCAUAAGCGCGAGUACGAGCACGAAACCGUCCGCUUCCGCUCCAAGAAGCGCAGGAUCGGCUACCGCCAGCGCGCCGGCGAUGACGACGUCGUCGUCGACGCCCCUGCCGCGGCGACCAGCAGCCGCGUUCCUCAUGCCAACUCCGCGAGCCCUCCCGCCGACGCGCAUGAAGACGCUGCCCCCGCCGCAGCAGGCUCCUCCGAGGAAGAGUCCGCCGUCGCUGCCGCCUUGCGCAUGCGCAACGCCCGGAGAGCCCGCCCCCGGGUCGGCGUCGGCUUCGCCUCCUCUUCGCAGCCCGCCGACGACCACCCCGGCGGCAUGUCUUCGGUCUCGUCGCGCACCCUCGUCCCCCGGGGAGGAGGAGCAAACGCCGAUGCCGACGACGAUGACAGGCCGCCGCUCCGUGGCAUCGGCGACCGCUUCACCCACCAGACCGGCCUCGUCGCCUCUCUCAACGACAGGCACAUGACCGAAUAUAUAGAGUCUCGCCUAUCUAGCCGCAACGCGCCGUCGCCGGGCUCCGCGUCUACGUCGCAGCCAGUCGACGGCCGCGGGCAGCAGCAGCAGCACCUCACCCGCCCCGGCGUGUCGCUCACCAAGGCCGUGACGGACCAGCCAGCCAAGCACGGCAAGCUGCUCGAGGUCCAGGUCCCGGAUAAGGUUUGGGACCGCCGCGACCAGGCCCAGCGCCAGCGCGCCGAGAUGGCUACUGCUGGGCCAUCAUCCAAGCCGCGCCGCGGCCGUAACAGGCGUGGCAGCAAUGACAUCAAGCGAGAUCAGCUCGUCGAGCAGUUCCUUCAUGAGAAUAGACUGGAUGUCUACGACGUUCCCCCCCCUUCCGUGCCGCCGCCCGCCGCGCCAGGCGACGACAAAUCGGCCGACGACCGCAUGGCGGAGCAGUUCCGCCAGCAGUAUCUCAGCGACAUGGCUCUGCGCCGCCAGCGCAGGCGGCACGCUCAGCCCGCCUCGCGCCAGCAGCAACCCCAGGGCGACGUUCUCAAGGGCCCCAAGCUCGGCGGCAGCCGCAACCAGCGGGCCGCCGUCCGUGACGCCUUGCUCAAGCAGGAAAAGGAGAAGGCGGGAAAGAAGAGAUUCUAG